AUGAACGAUCAACCACCACCAACACUCCAGCAACUGUUUGGAGGUGCAAUUGUCGCGCACAUUCCUCCUCAAUUUACAGAUGUUAGGUUCCUAACGCAUUUCUUUUUCUACUUGUAUAGAACUCAAAAUGACGAUAUCCGCGAAAUUCCGGAUAAUCAAGAAGUUUUCGUAGAUACGCACACAGAUCAAAGUAUUGUUGUGGAGAUAUUAGAAUUGGUUAACGAAGCGUCAAAUGAGGAAGCUGCGAGCUACCAUUUUUCGUCUGUUGCGUUUGACAAUGAUGCUGAAGACACGACCAUAGUUCAACAAACUGGAAUUCUUACACCAGCCGAAGUUCCCAAACUUCCAUCAAAUACACUCAUGUAUUUUGCAACUGGCCAACAAAUGGUCUCCAAAUUCAACGAGCGUGAUUCGUCCGCGCGUAAUCUGGUAAAUAUAUUUUUGGCCGUCUUUCGAUUACCACAACACCAGACUGACCUUGUUAUCACCUACAAUCUUCCUAUAUUAAUCGGUGAGACAAGUAGUAGCAGAUCUUAUGCGCAAGAAGGUAAUGUGCACGUGGGGUACGAGGAAUUUAAACGAAUUUUGGCCUCGGUCCAGAUUGUCGAUUGGAGUUUGUUUGGGUAG